AUGGUGAGGUUUAGGAAGUUGAACGGUGGUCUAUGGGGCAAUGAAGAACAACUAAAUGAAACCGCUGAGGACGAAGAUUUUGGUAUCCUCAUGGAUGAAGAUGAUCAGGAUAACCUUAUAGAGAAACUUGAAAGAAGAAAUUAUCGCGAUCGUGAAGCAAGUAUACAAAUAUUGGGUCUAUUAUUGCUAGUGUGUGCGGGUAUCUUUCUAAUAAUUGCAACAAGGGUCAACUCUAGAGAUAUUGCAUCGAUGGUAUUGGCAGGUGUUCCAUCCAUGAUCUGUUCGUGGAUGACGUUACGUUACAAUUUAGUCAAUGAUUAUUGUCUUUUCAAAAAAAUUAAACUAUAUAUUAAUGGAAGAAAUAUUGAUAUUCUUAAUUACACAAUUCUUAUUCUUAUUUCGUGGAUCAGUUUGAAUGAAUUUGAAGGUCGGUGGCAAUUGCAACUAUUGUUUCAAAUUCCUUUAUUAUUGAAAAUUACAACAAUUAUUAUGAAAAGAUGGUCCCUAGAAUUGGAUCAGGAGUUUGAUACAUUACGGAGACUCAAGUACAAAUAUAAAAGUGCAUGA